CGCUCAACUAUUGUUUUACGUGUCUGAUAGGUCGGGCGCCCUUUCUCCUGGCUCUAUAAUAGCACGGUAUAAAUACCAGUUAAACAAAAGCAAUACGUUAAACACGGGGAAAAAGUCGAGGUUUAUGACCCGAUUUGGAUGGUGGAAAAAAUUGCGAAGAGAGGUUGCUAUGGGCGACGGUGUUAACUCUCCGACGCGAAGGAGCAAGUAAGAUCAACGCUAACAGUCUGUUAUUAGUGAGAAGACCUCAAAACUAUUAUACCAGACAUUUGCAAGGUGUGAUUGUUUUGCAGACAUGAAGAAAUAAAAAAUCGCAAGUUGAGUCAAGUUUAACAAUAACAAACAAUCACAAAUAAAUCAUUACAGCGAAGUUGGGCCAGAAGACCUUUUAUGGCCCUCGACGCAUCAACCUUUGAAACCUUAACCCCUUCCCGCUUCAUUUCCUUCACAAUACCCCAUCCAUCAUUUUCCAAUACACCUCUUCGAGUUGCUGUGCUCGACUCACCAGUCCAACCUAAUGAUGUGCCUCAAGUUGGUGCCAUGUUGGUCCCUGAAGGUCGAGAAAUUGAUUGGAUCUUCUCCACUGAAUUGGGUCAUCUCCAACUCCUCUUAAGUUCCCCUGAAAUAUCACGUUUGAUUCUCAUUGGAAACAACUUCAAGGAAGGUACUUUACCUUUUACCCCACAUGUUUAUCACCGUCCCUUGGAGUGUUCAAUGCACCAACAGGGUUUUGAGGUUUGGUCAAAGCCUCUUCUUUUGGCCCUUUCUCCCAAAUCUUUGUUCAAAAGGGGGAUUCCUGAGAUACCCAUUUUGAGUUAUGUGGAUAACUUGGUUUCUAGUGUGGUGGUUCAUCAGUGUGCUGGGAUACAUGUUGGUGAAAUGUUGGUUGAGGAUGUUGAAAUUGAAAAUGGGGGUGGGGUUUUGCAUCAUGGCAGGGAGUUUAGGAGGAGGUUGAGGUUCAAGAGGAUGCCUAAUUUGAUUCAGACUGAAAUUUGUAUUGUUCCAGUCAAAGGUGGCGAUUGUUUGGAUGGUGUUUGCAUUGGUGGUAAUGUGCGAUUUGUGCCUUAUCUUAAGGUUUUGGUGCACCCUUACCUGGGGCCUAUGGUGGCUGGUCUUGUGUUGAAUAGUGAAUAUGUAGCACAGCGGAUUCAGAAUGGGUUUAAACCGAAGGCCUUGUGCCUUGGGGUUGGAGGUGGGGCUUUGGCAACUUUUUUGAGAACUCAAUUGGGAUUUGAGGUCAUGGCUGUAGAUAGUGAUAGGGAGGUUUUGAGGGUGGCACGGGAGUAUUUUGGAUUGGAAGAAAGUAAAUUUAUUCAUGUAGUUGUUGGGGAUGCCUUUGAAUCUUUGAAGAAGCUUGUCGAAGAUGAGGGCAAUGGUAAGUUUGAUGUUGUUAUGGUUGAUUUAGAUUCAAGCGAUAUAAAGAAUGGUGUAAGUUCUCCGCCAGUAGAAUUUGUUAGAAAGGAUGUUCUUCUUGCUGCUAAAUUGGUUCUUUGUGAGUAUGGAAUUCUAGCUAUCAAUGUCAUUCCUCCCAGCAGGUACUUCUAUGACAACUUGGUCAGUCAUAUUAAGGAAGUCUUUCACGAGCUAUAUGAGAUAGAUGUAGGAAAUGGUGAAAAUUUUGUUCUUGUUGCCACUGCAUCACCUCUUGUGUUUUUAGCUCGGGAUUGUGUUAAUUCUUUUCUUAUGCGACUGAAAUCUGUUAUUCCAGAAGCAUAUUUGAAAUCGAUAACAAAGAUCUGAUGUCUCACUUGUUGAGGAAAAUAGCGCUUUUUGGAUAUUAUCAUUCUCCUCUGUAAGACUAAUAGGUGAUGUUUCAGUAGUUUUGAUCCAAUGAUACAAAAUGGAGAGAGUUUCUCUGAUGCGCCUCAGCUCCAGUGUGGAGGAGAAUCAUCUUUAAAAACUACUGUGCAAACACUGAAAUUACAUUCAUAUCAGUGGCUUUACAUCUUGCUCUGG